CCUCUGUCUCUCUCUCUAUAAAAGCUCCAUUGUCAGUUCUUCAUCACAUUCAUUUCUCUACUUUGUCUGACUUUCUAAAGAGCAAAUAACAAGAAAAACCAAAAAAAAAAAGGAAAAAUAAAAACCGAAGCCUAAGACGGAAACCGAAAUAAAACACCUGUAAAAUUAAUUUUCUUCUUUUUGUUAUUUACUGAGGAUUUACUCUUUGGGAGUUUCAAGCUUAUGGUGUCCGUGAACCCCAACCCGGCUCAAGGGUUUUACUUUUUCGAUCCCAUGAAUAUGGGUCUUCCUGGUCUUAAAACUCUGCCGCCUGCCAACACGGUGGCGCCACCUCAUCCUCCUCCUGCUAACUCCAUGUCGACGUCUACUGCCGGUAAUACCGCGCCGUAUUCGGAGGAUCCCAGUAAGAAGGUCCGGAAGCCUUAUACUAUCACCAAGUCUAGAGAGAGCUGGACCGAGCAGGAGCACGAUAAGUUUCUCGAAGCUCUUCAAUUAUUUGAUCGUGAUUGGAAGAAGAUUGAAGCUUUCGUUGGGUCGAAGACAGUGAUCCAGAUCCGUAGCCAUGCGCAGAAGUAUUUCCUAAAGGUUCAGAAAAAUGGGACAAGCGAACAUGUACCUCCCCCUCGGCCAAAAAGGAAAGCAUCUCAUCCAUACCCACAAAAAGCUCCCAAAAGUGCUCCUGUUGUAUCCCAAGCUGCUGGACCAUUUCAAUCUUCAGCUGCCUUGCUUGAAUCUGGUUAUACGUUCAGACCAGAUUCAUCAUCAGUGCUUGGAAAUCCAGUUGCCACUGCUUCUUUGUCUUCCUGGAGUUACAACUCUGUGCCAACUGUCGCUAUGUCUCAAGCGACUAAAGAUGAUGCAGUAUUGGCUGGACCAACUGUUGCUCAUAAUGCUUGUUAUAGUAGCAGUAACGAGAGCACUCCCAGAACUUGGUCAUUUGGCGAAGCAAUUGACCUAGGGGAUCAUGGGAAGAAAUCUAGAGUUAUUCCAGAUUUUGCUCAGGUGUACAGCUUCAUUGGCAGUGUCUUUGACCCCAGUGCAAGUGGGCACUUGCAGAAGUUGAAGCAGAUGGACCCAAUAAAUUUGGAAACAGUGUUGUUAUUGAUGAGAAAUCUCUCUGUCAAUUUGACAAGCCCUGAGUUUGAGGAUCAUAGAAGGUUGCUUUCAUCGUAUGAUGCAGAGUCUGAGCGUGUUAAACUUGGUAGCUCUUACAAGGACAUUCACACUCGUAAAUCAGCAAGCGCUGUUCCAACAGCAUAAUAAGGCACUUCAGUGUUUUGGAAACGGUGCAUACCCUCUUCUUUUUCUUGUCAGCUCAUUCCUCAUUCCAAUGUAUGAAUGCCCAUUUGCAGGAAAAAGAUCCAGCAGGUUAACUUGCUAACAAGAUGUAGCGGUCAGAUGUGUAUGUAUGUAUAUAUGUAUGUAUGUGUGGUGUAGAUAUGAUCUUCAUAGGACCUGGCAGCUUAUAGCAUAGCUUGUCAAUACACUGCUGUCCUUUUUGUGCCUUGUGUAUAUCAUACAAAAAUCAUCUAAUAGAGGCUACCAUGUAUACAGCUUUGAGUGCUUCUCCCUGAGUUUUUCACUGUAUAUUUUCUCAGAAUUCUUUUUUGGGGUUUUGAUACAGAAAUAAAGGUAGGGCUUGCGUUGGUUGUUUU